ACAUCCCCUACUUCCGUUUCACCGUUUAUCCGCGCUCUGGACGCACUGGGUCGGCAUUGUAAGCAAACUACUGUAUCCAUGAAGAUGUCUGCAAACACGGCAGACAAAGAUAAUAAUGUCUCCACAAACAAAAACAUCUCUCUCCCAAUCUCAAGAGUACGGCUGAUCAUGAAAAGUUCUCCCGACGUCUCUAACAUCAACCAGGAGGCGCUCUUUCUCACCACGAAGGCAACAGAGCUGUUUGUCCAGUACCUGGCUGUGUCCUCGUUCAACAAUGGAUCUGGCAAAGGGUCGAAGUCGCUCUCAUACAGUGACCUGGCCAGCACUGCAGAGGAGAAGGACACGUUUCACUUCCUCACUGAUAUCCUACCAAAGAAGAUUUUGGCUGGGGAUUAUCUCAAGACCUUGGAGCAAAUCGAAGACGAGGAAGCAGACAUCUGACAUUUUCUUCAGGGCAUUUUGCAUCGGAUGAUGUCAAAACGUGUAUCUAUAGGUCGCCAUCCAGUGAGAAUGAACGUAGAUGAGGGAACUUCUGUUGACGAGGGGGAAACAAGAGCUAAUUCGGGUGAAUUUUAAAUCAAGUCCGGAAUUCUCCUGAAGAACUCUUGCAGAUGAAUUUCAUGCAAGUUUCUAUCGAUAAAUUAAGCAGCUAUAUAUCCUGGAGUGGGAAUGACACUCCUUAUUUAUUUCAAAAUAGGCCUCCAGACAACAGUCACAAUCACAGUUAGAAAUCUUAAGUGUGGUAUCUAAUCUAAUAUUGUGUUUGUAAAGAUUAAACAACGCAAGCAUGCAGUCAAUGCAAUACCAUUGGAUGUGAAUAUAUGUGCUAGUUUGCGAUGGUAUACUUUUUACUUUGAUUAUUGGGACCAGGUUUGUUUCAUACACUAGACUAGAGGAUUUUCUCCCCAGAGUGGUCCUUUUAAUUUAGUUUUGUUGUUUUAUUUGGAAUAUGUCAAGAUGAGGAAGAGAUGUAACCAAAGUUAGCCAAAAAUUGUUUUUUUUCAUUCCAACUACAAAGCAAGAUUUUUGAUCUCAAUACAGUAAUGUGUACACUUCGAUUGGCCUUUGAUAUGUUGAGCAUAACAUUGAGUAUGCUUAUAUGUUGUAUAUGUUUUGAUAUAGAUAAAAAAAAAAAAGUUUU